GUCUCUCCUUCUUCUCCUCUUCCUCCACCAUGCUGCGUGCGACGACGAAGAGUGUCUUGAGCGGUGUCGCGCGUCAGAGCACGCGCUCCGCGUCGACGUACGGCGCGCUGCACGACUUCGGCACGAAGCAUGUCAACAAGGGCGUGGGGCGCCUCGUCCCUGGGAUCAUGGAGAAGGGCGAGGGCUCGUACGUGACCUACGAAGACGGGCGCCGGAUGCUCGACUUCACCUGCGGGAUCGGGGUGACGAACCUCGGUCACUGCCACCCGAAGGUCAGCCAGGCCGCCGCGGAGCAGUGUAUGAAGAUCGUGCACGCGCAGAACAGCAUCUCGUUCCACCGCCCGUACCUCGAGCUCAUCGAGCGGCUGCUGCCGACGAUGCCCGACCCGUCCCUCGACUCGUUCUUUUUCUGGAACUCGGGGUCGGAGGCGAUCGAGGGCGCGCUCAAGAUGGCGCGGUUGAUGACAGGAAGGAAGGGGUUCAUCUGCAUGCAAGGCGCGUACCACGGCCGCACCUACGGUGCUAUGGCGGUCACGAAGAGCAAGACCAUCUACUCGGAGGGGACUGGCCCGCUGAUGCCCAUGGUCUACACGACGCCGUACCCCUAUUUCCACCAACUCGGCCUGCCGCCGAGCUCGUCGCCCGAAGAGCACACGCGCGCGGCUCUGCACCAGCUGCACUUGCUCUUCAAGCAGGCGAUCCGGCCAGACAGCGUCGCGGCGAUCAUCAUCGAGCCCUUGCUGGGCGAGGGUGGCUACGUCCCUGCGCCGACUUCGUAUCUGAAGGCUCUGCGCGAGCUGUGCGACAAGCAUGGAAUCCUGCUCAUCGUCGAUGAGGUGCAAAGCGGCUUCGCUCGCACGGGCAAGUGGUGGUGCAUCGAGCACAGCGGCGUCCGUCCGGAUAUCAUGACUUUUGCGAAGGGUCUGGCGAACGGCUUCCCUUUGAGUGGAAUCGUCAGCCGGAAGGAGUUGACCGACAAGCUCAAGCCGGGAUGCAUGGGCGGCACGUACGCUGGUAACGCGGUCUCGUGUGCAGCGUCCAUCGCAGUGUGCGACGCUUUCAAGGAGGAGAAGGUGCUUGAGAACGUCGAGGCUCGCUCAAAGCAGCUCUUCGCGACGCUAAACUCCCUCAAGUCCGACCCCGAGGUCGGCAAGUACCUCCUCGAUGUGCGAGGACAGGGCUUGAUGGCCGCCAUUGAGUUUGCGCGGCCACCAAAGGAUAUUGAGAUCGACCUCGCGACCAACGGCGUCGAGGGCUGCCCGUCGAACUUCGCCGCCCGCGUCGGCAAGAAGUGCAUCGAGAAGGGAAUGCUCAUCCUCACCACAAGCAUCUACGAAGUGCUCCGCAUCAUCCCGCCCCUCAACGUCAGCGAGGCGGACAUGGCGAAGGGCUGCCAGAUCAUCGCCGAGGCGGUGAAGGAGGUGGCGAAGGAGGGUUGAAUCUGACGAAUUUGCUUCUUUUACCGCGGAAGAAAUGUCGAAAAAUGCGAAUCUAGUGUAGCGCACUGUACCAACCUACCUAAAAUUCACUGCCGGCGCUACGUCGCUGCUAUCCUGGGCACGGUCG